AUGGAGGAUAAUGGUGGUGGGACUGCAUUACAUCGUGCUGCUCGGAAGGGUCAUAUUAAAGUCAUCAAAUAUUUGAUCAGUGAGGGAGCUGAGGUAAACAAGGAGGAUAAUAAAGGCGAGACUGCAUUACACCGUGCUGCUGAGAACGGUCAUAUUGAUGUCAUGAAAUAUCUGAUAAGUGAGGGAGCUGAGGUUAAUAAGGAGGAUAAUCGUGGUAAUACUGCAUUACACCAUUCUUAUUGGUACAUUCCUAUUGACUUCAAACAUCUGACCAGUGAGGGAGCUGAGAUCAAAAAGGAGGGCAAUGGUACUAGGACUGCAUUACCCCGUUUUUAUUCGUACAGUCCUAUUGACUUCAUGAAAAAUCUGACCAGGAAGAGAGCUGAGGUCAGUAAAGAGGAAAUUGGUGGUAGGACUUCAUUACCACGUUCCUGUUCAUACACUCAGAUUGACGUCAUCAAAUACUUGAUCAGUGAGGGAGCUGAGGUCAAUAAAGAGGAUAAUCUAGGUUCGACUGCAUUACAUCGUGCUGCUUGGAGUGGUCACGUUGACCUCAUCAAAUAUCUGAUCAGUGAGGGAGGUGACGUCAAUAAGGAGGAUAAUGGUGCUGAGGUAAACAAGGAGAAUAAUGGUGGUGAGACUGCAUUACACCGUGCUGCUUGGAACAGUCAUAUCGACGUCACCAAAUAUCUGAUCAGUGAGGGAGCUGAGGUAAACAAGGAGAAUAAUGAUGGUGAGACUGCAUUACACCGUGCUGCUUGCAAGAGUCAUACUGACGUUAUCAAAUAUCUGAUCAGUGAGGGAGCUGAGGUAAACAAGGAGGAUAAUGGUGGUGGGACUGCAUUACACCGUGCUGCUUGGAACAGACAUAUCGACGUCACCAAAUAUCUGAUCAGUGAGGGAGCUGAGGUAAACAAGGAGAAUAAUGUUGGUGAGACUGCAUUACACCGUGCUGCUUGGAACAGUCAUACUGACGUUAUCAAAUAUCUGAUCAGUGAGGGAGCUGAGGUUAAUAAGGAGGAUAAUGGUGGUGAGACUGCAUUACACCGUGCUGCUUGCAACAGUCAUACUGACGUUAUCAAAUAUCUGAUCAGUGAGGGAGCUGAGGUAAACAAGGAGGAUAAUGGUGGUGGGACUGCAUUACACCGUGCUGCUUGGAACAGUCAUAUCGACGUCACCAAAUAUCUGAUCAGUGAGGGAGCUGAGGUAAACAAGGAGAAUAAUGAUGGUGAGACUGCAUUACACCGUGCUGCUUGCAAGAGUCAUACUGACGUUAUCAAAUAUCUGAUCAGUGAGGGAGCUGAGGUAAACAAGGAGGAUAAUGGUGGUGGGACUGCAUUACACCGUGCUGCUUGGAACAGACAUAUCGACGUCACCAAAUAUCUGAUCAGUGAGGGAGCUGAGGUAAACAAGGAGAAUAAUGUUGGUGAGACUGCAUUACACCGUGCUGCUUGGAACAGUCAUACUGACGUUAUCAAAUAUCUGAUCAGUGAGGGAGCUGAGGUGAACAAGGAGUAUAAUGUUGGUGGGACUGCAUUACACCGUGCUGCUUACAAAGGUCACAUUGACGUUAUCAAAUAUCUGAUCAGUGAGGGAGCUGAGGUAAACCAGGAGGAUAAUGUCGGUAUAACUGCAUUACACAAUGCUGCUUGGAACAGUCAUAUUGACGUCAUCAAAUAUCUGGUGAGUAAGGGAGCUGAGGUCAAUAAGGAGGCUAAUGGUCGUGUGACUGCAUCAUACCCUGCUGCUUGGAACAUUCAUAUUGACUACUUUAAAUAUCUGAUCAGUAAGGGAGUCGAAGUAAAUAAGGAGGGUAAACGUAGUUGGACUGCAUUGCACCGUGCUGCUGAGAAUGGUAAUAUUGCCGUCAUCAAAUAUUUGAUCAGUGAGGGAGCUGAGGGUCAUAUCGACGUCAUCAAAUAUCUGAUCAGUGAGGGAGCUGAGGUAAACAAGGAGGAUAAUAAAGGCGAGACUGCAUUACACCAUGCUGCUGAGAAGGGUCAUAUCGACGUCAUCAAAUAUCUGAUCAGUGAGGGGGCUGAGGUUAAUAAGGAGGAUAAUGGUAGUGGGACUGCAUUACACCGUGCUGCUGAGAAUGGUAAUAUUGCCGUCAUCAAAUAUUUGAUCAGUGAGGGAGUUGAUUUCAAUCAGGAGGAAAAUGAUGGCGGGACUGCAUUAUACCGUGCUGCUGAGAAUGGUCAUAUUGACGUCAUCAAAUAUCUGAUCAGUGAAGGAGCUGAGGUAAACAAGGAGGAUAAUGAAGGCGAGACUGCAUUACACCAAGCUGCUGAGAAGGGUCAUAUCGACCUCAUCAAAUAUCUGAUCAGUGAGGGAGCUGAGGUAAAUAAGGAGGAUAAUAAAGGCGAGACUGCAUUAUACCUUGCUGCUUGGAAGGGUCAUAUUGACGUCAUCAAAUAUCUGAUCAGUGAAGGAGCUGAGGUAGACAAGGAGGAUAAUGAAGGCGAGACUGCAUUACACCAUGCUGCUGAGAAAGCUGAGGUCAAUAAGGAGGAUAAUGGUGGUGGGAAUGCAUUACACCGUGCUGCUCAGAAUGGUCAUAUUGACGUCAUCAAAUAUCUGAUCAGUGAGGGAGCUGAGGUCAAUAAGGAGGAUAAUGGUGGUGGGAAUGCGUUACACCGUGCUGCUGAGAAUGGUCAUAUUGAUGUCAUAAAAUAUCUGAUCAAUGAGGGAGCUGAGGUCAAUAAGGAGGAUAAUGGUGGUGGGGCUGCAUUACACCGUGCUGCUGAGAAUGGUCAUAUCGACGUCAUUAAAUAUCUGAUCAGUGAGGGAGCCGAGGUCAAUAAGGAGGAUAAUGGUGGUGGGACUGCAUUACACCGUGCUGCUUGGAACAGUCAUAUUGACGUCAUCAAAUAUCUGAUCAGUGAGGGAGCUGAGGUCAAUGAGGAGGAUAAUGGUGGUGGGACUGCAUUACACUGUGCUGCGUGGAAAGGUCGUAUUGACGUCAUAAAAUAUCUGAUAAGCCAAGGAAUUGAGUUCAAUAAGGGGGAUAAAGAUAGUCGGACUGCAUUACACUUUGCUGCUGAGAAUGCUCAUUAUGACGUCAUCAAAUACCUUAUCAGCCAAGGAGCAGAUGUGAAUAAAACAACAGCCAAUGGCUGGACAGUGUUGCACUGUGCUGCAGCAAAUUGCAGUUUUGGCGUCAUCGAAUAUCUUCUCAGUGUUGCAGGUGAGGCGAAUCGAAACGCAGAAGAUCAACACGCAUUGCUCCUUAAAGGUGACCCUCUAGAGGUGAAUAAAGCAGACAAUGAAGGGAGAACAGCAUUACACAUCGCCGUUCACCAUGGUUACAUUGACGUUGUUAAAUUCCUGCUUACAAGUGGAGCACGAAGUGACACAGAAGACAUUCGCGGCCAAACACCCUUACGUCAAUCGUUAGCCAUUGGGCACAGAGACAUUGCUGCUCUGCUUAUCGACAAGUUGAAUGCUAAGAGUGAUUCAGUGGCCAUCCAUCUAGCUGUGAUGCACGGACAUACAUCCAUCAUUGAAAAGCUGAUUGCUAAAGGAUCUGAUAUCAAUGUACAGUCUAAUGACGGUCAGACAUGUCUUCAUAAAGCUAUCAAAUUAUGCUACCAAAAGAAAAGGAAUGUUGGAGACACCGAAACACUCAGAAAGGUAUCCAAAGAAUACUACAGUGGCAGGUUAUCUCCUGAAAAGGCAUUGGUGUUCUAUCUCUUAGAAAAUGGAGCCAGGAUUGAUAUUAAGGAUGAAGCAGGUUGCCUACCAAUCCACUAUGCAAAUGAUGAAAUGAUCAGACAGAUGAUAUUGGCAAGAUCACCUUCAUUGGAUGAUGUACAGUCUGCUAGAGGUCGGCCAUCGAACUCUAACGUUGCCUCUGUCAAAGUCAUCAGAAAUUCCAGUCAAGAAAUCAAUCUAGAAGACCAUGGAAUAUCAAUGUACCUUCCUCCUGGAGCGGUUCCACCUGAUGUUUCUUGUCAGAUAACCCUAACCAUCUGUACAGAAAAUACAUGUGUAGAUAUCACUGAAGGUGAACCAAUGGUCUGCUAUGGGAUCAAGUGUGACCCUCAACCCUUGAUCUUCAACCAACCUGUUAAGAUCACUAUACCACACUCUUCCUUGGUCGUCAAUCCAGAGCAAGUAAAACCAGACAUCGUUUGUCGCGUGUGGGACUCUAUCAAGGGUAAGUCCGUGAAGAUUGAGAUUGGAGUAAAACAAUAUACGUAUUAUUGGUAA